UAUGCGCGUCUGCUUAGUGACGCGAGCUCCGGUUCCGACUCGCCGUAACGCCGAGCGUCUCUACAAGAGCCCGAAUAGAAGCGGUGCGCAGAGGGACGCUGCUGGUCGGUUCUAACACGGAUGGAUGACGUUACUGUUCAGUAGGUAAACUGGUUAACUGGCAGACCUGCAGAUAUGGAUCGAUACAAUGAGGUGAAGACUCAGCUGAAAAACUGGGAGCAGUCGUUCGUCCAGCAGAACCAAAGGAAGCCCAACAAGGAGGACAUUGACAAAGCCCCAGAAGACACUAAGAACCUGUAUAAGGAAUACCGCAGUUUAAAGCAAGCCAAAGAGGGCAGUGUCAGUGCCAAUGGAGCCAAAGGACAUGUUGAAAAGCACAGAUCUACAGAAGAGACCAGUAUAACCCAGAAGGACUCAGGUUGUUGGGGUACCCAUCUUAACCGUAGCAAGCUCCCGGUGCCCUCUCCUGGUCUGACUUCCCAGGACAGGGAAGGUCUCAAGGCCUCUGCCCAGUACUAUGGCAUGAAGCUGAAAAACAACUUGGCCACUCUCAGUAAGGAGAGACCUAUCUCAUUGAAGAAAUCUCUGACUCCCGGUUGCACGCCCCUGAAGUCCUGGAAGGAAAAACAGAAUGGACAGACAAACGAAACUGCUGCUGACACAAACGCACAACCAUGCACACCCACACUCACUGUGUCCAGCCUGGCUCUUUGCAGUCCUUUCACUCCAAGAAGGGCCAGCACCUGCCCGGGUUCCCAGGCCACACAGUUUGUCUGUCCAGCGGAGCCUGAAGAGCCGUUUGAACCAUUUCAACCCACCCUCAUGUCUUGUGAUGAACCUUGCAGUGCUGCUAAAAACAAAAAUGAUAUUAAGAGUGAUAAUGAUGGUAGUGUGAGAAUCAGCAGUCACCAUGCAUCUAAUUUAGCUUUGUCCCCAGCUACACCCUUAGUCCUGGUCCCAACAGUAUCUCCUCCAGGAAGCGAAGGAACUUCAAGAGGAGGUAUAGGAACUUCAGCAAAAUUAAAUGAAAGUGUGGGAGGCUCAGGAGAUACAGUAGGAGAUUGUGAAGCUUUAGACGCUCUGAAGGGAGAUGCUGGUAGUGUGCCUGGUGUUGGUGUCCGAGCUUUGGCUGGUUUCGGAGGUGGAAAAGGAGGUGUUGUUGUCACAGGAAGGUCCCCAUUGGUCAGCAGGCUGAGUUUGGUGGACCGAGGCUGGCUGGAGAGAUGUCAGGUGUUUGGGGAGGUGGAAGAAGGAGAGAAACCUGGAGCAGGCAACCAAGUGAUAAAACUGCACACAGGAGGAGGUGGAGAAAGAGGAGGAGACAAGGGAGCAGAGGGAGAAGAACUGGAAGGCAUAAUGGGAGCUAACGGAAAGGGGAAAGUAGGGAAGAAAGAAGUAGGAACAGCUGAAGGAGAAAGAGGAGAAGUAGGCAUGGGAAGAGGGGGAGGGUUAAAGACCUUCUCUAGUGAUAGAGCAGUGAGUGACAUGACACGGAAACCUGCUGCCCACUUAACUAGAAAAAGCAGAAGAGGAGGUGAAGAGAUGGAGGUAGAGAAGGGAAGAGUGGAGGAUGUGGAAACGAGAUUGUGUAACGUACCAGAAGAAGAGGAAAGUGCGGUUUGGCUGGAAACAAAAACACCAAAGAGGAGAGGUAAGAAGAGACAAAGAGAGGGAGAGGACAAUGAGGGAGGGACAACCGAAAAAGAGGGAGGGGCGAGGAAGAGGCAGAAGAAGGGCGGAAAGAAGGUGGCAGGCUCUGAUGAAAACACUACAGCCCAAGGAGUGGGGAAGAAGAGGAGGAGAGCAAAGACAGAUGAGGGAACGAAAGAAGAGGUGAAACAAACCAAGGAGCCAGAGAAGGUUCCCCAGGAGAACCUGUUUGGAGAAUUGGAUGAGGACAUGAAAGUUAACAAAGCUCAAUACACAGCGUCUGCCAGAGGGAGAUACACCAAAAACUCAGAUGGAAACUUUGUUAAGAUUAACCUAAAGAAGAAAUCUCAUGUCAAAGGAUAUGCCCUGAGGGGAGCUGGUCUUCGCAAACAAAUGUACAUGCAGAAGUUUCAGCUAAAAGGAGAGCGUUUUGGUGGUGGAGGUGGGCUGUUUGGUAGAGGGAGGAGGGGUGGGUUCAGAGGGGGGUUCAACCGCCUUGGAGACACCUGUUACAAAUGUGGGGGAACAGGCCACUGGGCCAUUGACUGCAAGGGACGAGCCCCGCCCCCUCCAGUGACUGAGGACCAACCAGCUGUCGAUGAACUGUUUGAACUGCCAACCUUGGAAGAGGUCGCGAGGGCAACAGGGACCCUGCAACCCCAACCUCUGGUGGCUUCUCCCAGUGGCAAAGAGGAACAACAGCACCGGGAAGAGAAAGGGGAGGAUAAACACGGAGGUGAGAUGUUGUUGAAUGUGAUUCGUCCAGACUAUGAACGGCCUGAACCUCCCCCUCCCAUGGAGCCAUUAUAUAGUCUCAGAGAAGAUGGGAAAGUCCAAGCAAUGCCUGCUGAAGUGUUUGCGGCUCUGAGAGACUUUGGCUACCAAUCAUUCCGACCAGGGCAGGAGGAAGCCAUUAUGAGGAUACUGUCAGGCCUCUCUACUCUUGUUGUGUUGUCAACUGGGAUGGGCAAAUCACUGUGCUACCAGCUGCCAGCCUAUCUUUAUGCCCAGCGAUCAAAAUCCAUCACUCUGGUCAUCUCACCGCUGGUCUCAUUAAUGGAUGAUCAGUUGUCCGGCCUGCCAGCUAAGCUGAAGGCCGCCUGUAUCCACUCCAACAUGACCAUGAAGCAGAGAGAAGCUGCGAUAGAAAAGGUGAAGUCAGGGGAGGUGUGUGUGUUGCUCCUGUCUCCUGAGGCCUUGGUGGGUGGAGGUGGUUCCGGUUCAGGCUGUCUGCCCCCGGCUGAGCAGCUUCCUCCUGUGGCCUUCGCCUGUAUAGAUGAAGCUCACUGUGUUUCGGAAUGGUCGCACAACUUCAGGCCCUGCUACCUGAGACUCUGCAAGGUACUAAGGGAGCGCCUUGGCGUGCGCUGCCUGCUGGGCCUCACAGCCACAGCCACCCUGUCCACCGCUCUGGACAUAGCUCGCCAUCUGGACAUCAGGGAUCAAGACGGCAUCUCCGUGAGAUCUGCUGCGGUGCCUCCCAACCUGCAGCUGUCUGUGUCCAUGGACAGGGAAAAGGAUCAGGCUUUAGUGUCCCUUUUGAAAGGUGACCGUUUCGGUUGUCUCGACUCCAUCAUUGUCUACUGCACCAGGAGAGAGGAGACGGCUCGCGUGGCAGCACUGCUGAGGACCUGCCUGCAGGGAGUGGUACUUCGAGAAAACAGCCACAGCAACACCAGUGGCAAGACACAAAGCAACCCGGUGGGACAGAAAAAGAAAGAAAUGGCCAGAAAGAAGAUCCGUAAACCCUUGAAAUGGCAGGCUGAGUCCUACCAUGCUGGCCUGUCUGCGUCGGAGCGCCGUCGUGUCCAGAACAAUUUCAUGUGUGGGGAGCUGAGGGUGGUGGUGGCUACGGUGGCCUUUGGCAUGGGUCUGGACAAAUCAGACGUCCGCGGUAUCGUUCACUACAACAUGCCCAAGAGCUUUGAGAGCUAUGUUCAGGAGAUUGGGAGGGCGGGCAGAGAUGGAGAUCCGGCUCACUGUCAUCUCUUCCUGGACCCCGAGGGAGGGGACCUCCAUGAGUUGCGUCGUCAUAUCUAUUCAGAUACUGUGGACUACUACACAGUGAAGAGACUGGUCCAGAAAGUCUUCCCUCCAUGUAAAUGUCGACAGAUACACCAGAAACAGCAAGACCUAGCAAAGUAUGCAGAGGACAUCGGGGAUGCUGAGCUGCUGGAGAUGAUGGACAGCUGUGAUCAGAACACUCCUACCCAGCAGGAUAUGGUGAAGUCCAUAAGCCCUGGUCAACACAGAGAUGUACCAUCACCUCCACCUGCAGUGUUGCCAUCACCUCCCCAGGCCGAGGACGGGCCACUACAACAGAAAGGAGAUGAGAGGGAGGAGGGAGAGAAAGAGGAGGAUGAAACGGAGAGGGCAACGAAACACCAGGACGUGGAAGCAGCAGAAGCCAAUGAUUCGCUGAGGGAUCAGAAAGUGGAGCUGAUGGAGAGCAAUGAUUGGCCGAGAGAGAGGGUGUGUCACACUCAUGAGAGGGCUAUCCCCAUCCAAGAAACUGUUGAAGCUCUGGACAUCACAGAAGAGGGUGUGGAAACCCUGCUGUGUUACUUGGAGCUUCACCUACAGCGGUUUGUAGAGCUUCUCCACCCCACUCUGUCUGUGUGCAAAAUCAGCUGCUAUGAUGGACCAAGACAGCUCCGGAAAAUCACCAAAAUCUGCCCUCCGGUUGCUGUCGUGCUUGCCAGAAAGCGGAUGGCAGGUGAGCGCAUUGAGACGUGCAGCUCUGUGGAGUUUGACGUCGUGGAGGUAGCAGACACUAUGGGAUGGCAGCUUCCUCUUGUGAAGAGAGGACUCAGACAACUGCAGUGGAGCACCGAGAGAGCUGGUGACCGUAGUGGUGUCAUCGUUGAAUUUUCCUCCCCCUCCUUCUACUUUCGUUCCUACGGCGACCUAAACGAUGAGGAGAUGGACAGAGUGUGUCAGUUUCUCCAUAAACGAGUACAGGAACAAGAAGGAACACAACUCUACCAGCUGAACGCCUGCUUUAAGUCCUUCAAGAGUGUUGCGUUCCGCAGUGUGUCAUCCUGUGUGGAUGAUUUGGAUGAGAGUCGUAGUCUCCAGUUGAAAACCCUGUUGGCUCAGUACUUUGACAAGAGACGAGACCGAGACCACACACACACACAGGAGGAUGAGGAGGACCUCAACAAAUAUAAGCUUCUAGACUGGGAGGAUCAGAUAAGAGCAGACAUGAGAAGCUUUCUGGCCAUCCGAAGUGAUGAGAAGUUCUCUGGAAGAGCUAUUGCCAGAAUCUUCCAUGGCAUAGGCAGUCCUUGUUACCCUGCCCAAACCUAUGGCAGGGACAGACGCUAUUGGAGGAAAUACAUCCACUUUGACUUCAAUCAGCUCAUCCGAAUGGCCACCCAGGAAAUCAUUAAUUUUAAGUGACCAGUCUCAGUAUGCACAUGCACACCCAAGCAGGUAUGCAGAUGUUAAAUCACACUGCACACAAGGGGAACAUGCAGGUAUUUACUUACUUAAUUAUUCACAUAUCCACUUAUCUACACACA